AUGCAGAGGAAGCACACGGGUGAGCAGAAGAAGCAGAAGAACCGUAGGAGUGGUGGGGAUCAUGUCAAGACAAAGCAGAUUAAGGCGGUCCUCCGUGCCACUGAUUCUGAGUUUGGGGGUUUAGGGUUGAUGCCGAGGAAGAGCACAGUCCAGCAGAAGGAGAACGAUGGUGGAGUCGGUGUCCGGGAUCUGAAGAAAAGGCCGAUGGAGAUACAAGUUACAGGCACUUCUAGUGAGGUUGGCAGAUUUUUCCGAGGCUUAAGAGACCAAAGAACUACAACAAGCUCCAGCAGAGGAUCAAGGAUACGAGUUCCCACCAAGUCACAAGACCAUGGAAGAACAAGCUCUGCUCGAAGCUGUAGCGAAUCAAGAAGUUCUCAGCAGACGUAUUCAACGAUUCAAGACCCACCAAAUUCACAGGUUGUUAGUCGACGAACCUAUUCAAACCUAAGUGUGAGGACAUCAAGUUAUGGCAGCUACCAAACUUCCUCUUCAAGUAACUGCUCAACUUCUCAAGUAACUCCACGUCCAAAGAAAAAAAAGAACCCAAGUAACUCAAAGGUUGAAUCAAGGGAUGCAGCGAUCAAAAUCGCACACCGCAGGCAGGGUUGCGGUGUUGGCGCCGUAGUUCUCUGCGGUUUGGUAAGGGCAGUGGUUCUCUUGUGAGGGAUGUUGAGUUUCUGUUAAGUAUGUACUACAUAAUAAAAGUUUCACUAUUGUUGAAAAUAAUUACCAUUUUUGUUGUACGUACUUGUAUAUACAAGAACUUAAUUAAAUUGUUCAAGAGAGUUACAAACAGUCGACU